CUCUGUAGUCUCCCUCUGUAUCUCAUCGUCUAUCUCCUUCUGUCUAGAAUUUUUUGGGGCGCUGAAGCGUUGGCUUCGGAGGUUACCCAUUUUGUUAGCUGGUAAUCGGUUAGGUCAGGACCUUUCACUAGUUAGCUUUCCGUUUUCUACAGCAUUUUAAGAAGUGGCUUUGUUGAUUCAAUGUUUUUCUCUCUCAUACGUAUCUUAUGAGUAAUUCCGAGCACGAGCUUUGAUUUCAGUUCAAUUCUGUCGUGUUCAUGAAAUGGGAUUUGUAGUUCUUUCAUCGUUUGUUUUUUCAAUUCCUAUUCUCUUUAGAUGAUAACAUGUGCUUUGCAUUUUCCUCAGUUUUCACUGGCACUGGCCACUGAAUGACCCCAUAAAGGUCAUUUUUUCUGUGCUAUUGAUUUUUUGCUUGGGGUUUCACCGAACCUUUCACCAGUUCUGUGUGGCUUCCGUGGUAAAUUUUAUCAGUGAAGUGCUGGCAUGUCUUUGCUAGGAACUGUGGUUAUGGGUUUUUUUGCUGUUUUUAUUUUUCCUUCAUGUUUGCUGGGGCUAACAAAAUAAAUUAACUUAUGAGUUGAUUGUUUAGGAGUUCGUCUUUAACUCCAAUGCUUUCAUCAAACAAGAGGUCAUGUCCGUCAGCAUUAGCAUGUAACACACAUGUUCUUCCUAUCGUGUCCCUUCAACCUUCCAUUUAGGACUGAUAGUGCAGGUAAAUGUUCUCGAGAGAAUUAUAGUAGGUGAAAUAAAAGGAAAAUGAAAGUGAAGAGUAUUGCUUGUUAUGCAUUUAUUUGAUGUAAGAAAUUUGAGAGAAAGUCAAAAAACUUGUAGUUUAAUUGUGUGGAAACUAGUGUAGAAACAAGAUUCCUGGAAAAAAUGAAUAUGGUGUGUAAACUGUUGAACUAGUCAUCAGAUUUAGGAGUUCAUAUCAAAUUUGAAGUUUAAAUUCAAGAAGCUUCUUGAAUGCAGCCGCAGUUUCCGAUUCCAAUUGGAGAUGCAAAUUAUGUUCUCUGUUAAACCAUAUUUGGUUCCAUUAGUUUGCGGCAUCUCGCCCUUCUUCCCUAUUUUCCUGAAGCAUCUCAAGGGUCACACAGAGUCCAAGUUAUUGAAUUCUUCAUAUCUUCCUGUGCGAUGCAAUAUGGUCAAAGAUUAUUAUGAUAGCACCAUUAGGAGUUUUUCGAGUCCCUUCGAGAACUCAAUGGUGCACCCGAGUGGGUUGGAAAAUAGAGAGGAACUGUCCCGCGAAGGGUGCAACGAUCUUCUAUGUGAACUUUGUGGAUGGGGUGACACUGACAAUGCCAUGUUGUUGCUCGCUCGAAUGGAGGCUGUGGGCUUUCGUCCAAACGCAACCGCUUACAUCUGCUUGAUUACAGCUCUUGGAAAUGUUGGUAGGACUUUGGAGGCUGAUGCGCUUUUGCAAGAUAUGAUACAUUUAGGAUUUAAGCCUAGGCUGAAUGUGUAUAAUGUCUUGCUCAGAUGCUUCUUAAGAAAAGGCCUCUUACGGGUUGCAGGAAAGGUUCUAGAGGAAAUAGAUUAUUUGGGUAUUCGGAGGAAUCAAGAAACAUACGAGAUACUUCUAGAUUACUGUGUCCACUCCGGGCGCUUGGAAGAUACAUGGACAAUUAUUGGUGAGAUGAGGCGAGAAGGGUUUCAACUAAAUUCUUUUGUAUAUAGCAAGGUUAUUCGGCUUUAUAGGGACAAUGGGAUGUGGAAGAAAGCAAUGGGCAUUGUGAGACAAAUAAAGGAGAUGGGGAUUUCACUAGACAAGAAGAUUUACAAUAGCAUCAUUGAUACAUUAGGAAAAUUUGGUGACUUGGGUGAAGCCUUAGAGGUGUUUGAGAAAAUGCAAGAAGAAGGCAUAAAACCUGACAUUACGACAUGGAAUUUGUUGAUUAAAUGGCAUUGUAACUCUGGGUAUCUUGAUCAUGCUCUUGAAUUGUUUGCUAAGAUGCAGGAACAAGGGCUAUAUCCUGAUCCAAAGAUAUUCAGUAUGCUGAUUAGUCGUUUGGGGGAGCAGGGUAAGUGGGAUAUAAUAAAGAAGAACUUUGAGAAUAUGAAAUGCAGAGGGCACCAGAAAAGUGGAGCCAUUUAUGCAGUUUUGGUUGAUAUUUAUGGGCAGUAUGGGAGAUUCCAGGAUGCAGAAGAGUGUGUAAAUGCCCUAAAAGCAGAAGGCAUUCAGCUUUCAGCCAGCAUUUUUUGUGUGCUGGCAAAUGCAUAUGCUCAACAGGGAUUAUGUGAGCAGACUGUAGAGGUCCUUCAGCUCAUGGAAGCAGAAGGAAUUGAACCAAACCUUAUAAUGCUGAAUGUGUUGAUCAAUGCUUUUGGUAUUUCUGGAAGGCAUUUGGAGGCCCUAUCUGUUUAUCAUUGUAUAAAAGAAAGUGGUAUCAGUCCUGAUGUGGUUACCUACGGGACGCUCAUGAAGGCAUUUAUAAGGGCAAAGAAAUUUGACCAGGUCCCUGUUAUAUUCAAGGAAAUGGAAUCUGCUGGAUGUACACCAGAUAGGAAGGCCAGAGAGAUGCUGCAGAAUGCACUUAUGGUCAUUGAACAGAGACACGUCUAGUAUUAUAGAUUGGUGGACCUGGGGCCAUAUUCCUUUUGCCACUGUCUAUCAUUGACUGCUAUUACUCUUGCAAACAAAUACCACAAAGCAUUUAGAUGGGCAUUUGCGCCAUAAGGUCUGGGAUAAGACAUCUGGGACAGCUUUUCGUCUUGGCUAACAUUGAUGACCGUUGCGACAUAUUGGCUUCAAUGAAACUUUCUAGCUCCGGAUGAGAUUAAAAUUCAUGAAUUCAAAAUCUGUUUCAGAUCAUAGCAGGUCAUGGAAAUUGCGGUUGGUUGCAGUGUCAAAGUGUGAUAAAAGAUGAGAUAGUAACUGAACCAAUUUCUUUUCCCUCCCUCUAAGCUGAUCAAACAGUAAAUUGAGCAUCCGAGGAUCUGAGGAGGGGCACAGUCAUAAAACAAAAACAAGAAGAAAAAAAUAUAGACGAUGACUUGUGCGAUAAAACGUGACUCCCUUGACUUGGUCCCUAUGUUAGUCCCUUUCCAUUGUUACUGGUAUCUCGAAAAGGGUGAUCCCCAGAGAAGCUGGAUGUCCGACAUCCGAAACAAGUGGUUGAUGUUAACUGACAGAUAUUGUAAGUUGACCCUACUUGGGUAUAGGAUGUGACAACUUGUGUUCACUAGGUGACGGUUGAACAAAUAAGAUGUUGAGACUCUGGUUUUCAAAAGUAUCUAAUGCAAUGGUCGACUGGUCGUUCAUUUCA